CCCGCCCCUCCCCUCCCAAAGAAAAACACCCCUCAUCCAGUCUCAUCCAGUCCAGCGAUCCCAGCCGACCCCUUCGCCGAAGCACGAGCUGAGCGCAAACCUGAGAGUCAAUCCCUGCCCCGGCUCCGCCCCCCGCGUCCGAACCCCGCCCAGCCGGGCCCUCAAGCCCAGGCGGGACUCGAGCCUCGAGUGGCGAGUUUCUCGCGCCUGGUAGAGGAUGUUUUUGGCCCAGAGGAGCCUCUGCUUUCUUAGCGGGAGAGCAGAAUUCUUGAAGACAAUUUCUUCUUCCAAAAUCCUCGGAUUCUCUACUUCUGCUAAAAUGUCACUGAAAUUCACAAAUGCAAAACGAAUUGAAGGACUUGACAAAAAUAUGUGGAUUGAAUUUACCAAAUUGGCUGCAGACCCUUCUGUUGUGAAUCUUGGCCAAGGCUUUCCAGAUAUAUCCCCUCCUAUAUAUGUAAAAGAAGGAUUAUCAAAGAUUGCAGCAAUUGAUAGCCUGAAUCAGUAUACACGAGGCUUUGGCCAUCCAUCACUUGUGAAAGCCCUGUCCUACCUGUAUGAAAAGCUUUAUCAAAAGCAAAUUGAUUCAAAUAAAGAAGUCCUUGUGACAGUAGGAGCAUAUGGAUCUCUUUUUAACGCCAUUCAAGCAUUAAUUGAUGAGGGAGAUGAAGUCAUAAUAAUAGUGCCUUUCUAUGACUGCUAUGAGCCCAUGGUGAGAAUGGCUGGAGCAACACCUGUUUUUAUUCCUUUGAGAUCUAAACCUGUUGAUGGAAAAAAAUGGUGUAGUUCUGACUGGACAUUAGAUCCUCAAGAAUUGGAAAGUAAAUUUAAUUCCAAAACAAAAGCUAUUAUACUAAAUACUCCACAUAACCCACUGGGCAAGGUAUAUAACAAAGAGGAACUCCAAGUAAUUGCUGACCUUUGCAUCAAAUAUGACACACUCUGCAUCAGCGAUGAGGUUUAUGAAUGGCUUGUAUAUUCUGGAAAUAAGCACUUAAAAAUAGCUACUCUUCCAGGUAUGUGGGAGAGAACAGUAACGAUAGGAAGUGCUGGAAAGACUUUCAGUGUAACUGGCUGGAAGCUUGGCUGGUCCAUUGGUCCGACUCAUUUGAUAAAACAUUUACAGACAGUUCAACAAAACACGAUUUAUACUUGUGCAACUCCUUUACAAGAAGCCUUGGCUCAAGCUUUCUGGAUUGACAUGAAGCGCAUGGAUGACCCAGAAUGCUACUUCAAUUCUUUGCCAAAAGAGUUAGAAGUAAAAAGAGAUCGGAUGGUACAUUUACUUGAAAGUGUUGGCCUAAAACCCAUAGUUCCUGAUGGAGGAUACUUCAUCAUCGCUGAUGUGUCUUCACUAGAUCCAGACCUCUCUGAUAUGAAGAAUAAUGAGCCUUAUGACUAUAAAUUCGUGAAAUGGAUGACUAAACAUAAGAAACUAUCAGCCAUCCCUGUUUCAGCAUUCUGUAACUCAGAGACUAAAUCACAGUUUGAGAAGUUUGUGCGAUUUUGCUUCAUUAAAAAAGACAGCACACUGAAUGCUGCUGAAGAAAUCAUCAAGGCAUGGAGUGUCCAGAAGUCUUGAUAUGUGCAGAAUGGAUUGUUUCUAUUAGAGGACCUGAGAUGGAACUGUUACUUAGUGCUGCCACCUGCUGGAUGUUAUAAGGUAUUUCAGUACAACUGGAAUUGAACUAUUUCCAUUGUUUUUCCAAAGCAGUUAACCCAACUCCUAACAAUAUUCAGGAGAUCUGACCUUUUUUUUUUUUCCAGUUGAAAUGUAUUAACACAUCUUCCACUAUCAUUUUAUAAGAGUCAGCAUAACAUAGUGGGUAAGAACUAUGAGAUGUUUAACCUCUCUGUAUCUCAGUCCAAUCAGUACAAAAUAGGAAUAAAAACAGCACCUGAUUCAUAUGAAGGUCGUUUGUGAGGAUUAAAUGGACUAAUGUAUGCAAAGCCUGGCAAACAAUAAACACUUAUCUGACUUUA